AUGCGGUUUGCGACUUAUACUACCUCAUCUUUGGCGUUCCUAGGGCUGGCUGCCAUUGCAGUUGCACAAAGCAGCAACGAUCUGUCCUGGAUUCCCUUUGAUCGCCAGAGGUUCGACGGAAAUGUUGCUCUCGAUACCAAUGGCGAUGUUCAACUGUUCUGGAAAACUGGAGACACAAACUCUACGUUCGGGAUUGCCUCCCGAUCAAGCGGCUAUCUGGCUCUAGGUUUCAGCGAGACUGGAGCAAUGACUGGCGCUGAUAUCGCUGUGGGAUACAAAGAUCAAGAUGGUAAAUUCACAUUUGAGAACCGCCAUGCGAUGGGCUUCAUUACCCCUGAUGUCUCGCAGGACCAGGAGAACAACAUGCGACUUGAGGAAGGUUACCAAGCAGACGGGGUUACUGCUUUCGUUUUCGAGAAGCAGAACAAAGCCACCUGUCUCAAACUCCAGACUGAUGUUGAAAAGGACGCCUGGCAAUGGUUCAUCUAUGCACAUUCUGACGACAACACCUUUGCCAUACAUGGACCCGGCAAUAAUGGCAAGAAGUACGUCAAAUUAGGAACAGGCAAAACCAUCUCGACAAAUGAUGUUCGAGACAUCGCUAAUGCGAAGAACUUUUCUAUUGUCCAGGGUGAAACGACAAUCCCGACCGCGGAGACUACUUACUGCUAUACCCUCCAUAAAAUGCCCGCGGGAGCGAACAAUUACCUGCUCGGUGAACGACCAAACGACUCAAGUGCACUCCUUCACCACUUGGUUCUUUAUGCAUGUUAUAAUCUCCCUGACGAGUACAUGGAUAUGCUUGGUAAAGAGCCCAACUGUAACUACGAAGAAUUCUCGAACCCUUGUAAUGGUUUCGUGACAGAGUGGGCUCCCGGCAUGUCUGGUCGCACAUUCGAACCUGGUUAUGGCAAACCCUUCGGCACCGACCACUACGAAUAUGUGAUGCUGGAGACACACUACAACAAUCCCGAAGGGAUUGAGGGCGCAAAGGAUAAUUCAGCUUACACAUUUCUCUACACCGAGGACCCCGUCGAAACAGAAAUCGGGACUUUGACAUUGGGCGAUUUGCAAGUAGAAGGAUGGUUCCUCGAGCCUGGCAAGCCUCUCGUGGCACAUUCUACAGUCUGCACGCCUGAGUGUACCGACCGCUGGCCCGCUGAGGGUAUCACGGCUGUUUCGGUCUUCCAUCACAUGCAUUAUCGGGGUCGCAAUGCGCGCGUUCAGAUAAUUCGAGAUGGAAAAGAGAUCACUCCUCUAUCCACCCUCCGUGAUUUUGAAUACGGCUAUCAGUUUUCCAAAAACUUGGACUCUAUUCAAUUGCUUCCCGGGGACAAACUCAUUACCACUUGCGAGUUCGACACAUCGAAUGACACCGCCCCGGUUCCUGGUGGCCUACCAAGUAAAGACGAAAUGUGCUUCGCAUGGGUUGACUACUACCCUGCCAACAGUGUCCUCGCUUGCACACAAAUCAACAUGGGCAGCUCUCCCGAGAAUUUGAUCAAUGGCACUGCAGCCCUUUGCAUGGAAUCCUCUGCAGAAACCCCGGCCGUAUACACUUCACCAUUCCUCACCUCCACGUUCCAGAAUCUAACAGCCUCUGGUAACACCUGUCCUGCUGAUAACACCACAUCCGGAUCUCCAAACCAAGCUGCAGUCUUGAGUACUUGUCCAGAGACAGAUGUCUGUUUUUCGCUGAAUGUGCCUGAGGAAUCGGCCCGCUCAAAUUCGGGUGACAUCUACUUUCAACUCUCAGCACCAACGACGUAUUCGUGGGUAGCUCUCGCGCAAGGCACCUCAAUGAGUACCGCCAAUAUGUUUGUCAUGUAUAGUUCAAGUGAUGGUCAGAACGUGACGCUCUCACCAAGAACUACAUCAGGACAUGUGAUGCCAACAUACAACGAGGGAGCUAACGUUUCUUUGUUGGAAGGGUCCGGAAUCUCCAAUGGCAGGAUGACGGCCAACGUCCGAUGUAGCAAUUGCAACCAGUGGGGCUCAGGCACCAUGAGCCUGCAAGGCGGCAACAGCAAUUGGUUGUAUGCACAUUCCCAAGGCUCACCUAUCAACUCUGAUGACACGAGAGCCCCAAUCUCGCAGCAUGAUGGGAAGGGUUCCUUCCGGUGGGAUCUCUCGCGGGCCACUGGAGGCACGGGUGGGAAUCCGUUCAUCAAUGCGUCAUCGACAACGACAACAACUGGGGCUGAGGGACAGAACUCGUGGCAGAGAUUAUCCACACAGACACAGAGCCGUUAUGUAAAGGCUCACGGAGCGCUGGCUUCCAUCGCCUUUGUCGCUAUCCUUCCCGUCGGUGCCAUCCUUGUCCGUUUGACUAGCUUCCACGGAUUACUCUGGACCCAUGCUUCCUUACAGAUCUUUGGUUACAUUGUCUUCAUCGCGGCAGCAGGGCUUGGUAUAUUCAUUGCAAAGGGCGGUGCCUAUCUGCAUGAACCGCACGCAAUCAUCGGCAUGAUACUGCUUGGCACCCUGUUUUUCAUGCCAUUCCUAGGUACGAUCCAUCACAAGAUGUACAGGAAGGUCCAGAAGCGGACAGUGUGGUCAUAUGGCCACAUCUUCACCGGGCGAGCUAUCGUCAUCCUCGGCAUGAUCAAUGGUGGUCUGGGUCUUCGACUGGCUGCUGCCUCAAGAUCUUCCAAGAUUGUAUACGGUGUCUUCGCGGGCUUGGUGGGUGUCGCAUAUAUCGGCGCGAUGGUCCUGGGUGAGCAUCAACGUUCCCGAACGUCCCCACACAACGUCGUAGCUUCCUCAUCAGCCAGUGGUGAGGCUAAGCGACUCAAUCGAGACGAGAGUGGUAGUGAUUCAUCUCACUAG